ACGCUGAUGUUCCAAAAUGGACAGCGCGAAAAAUAAACAGUCGAGCAAGGAAAGCAGAAAAAGACGAAGUUCAUCAAGUAAUCUUGACAGUGCUGUUCGAUAUUUUAAAAAUGUCAAAGAACGUGUCCAGGUUAAAAACAACAUCAAACUGCAGAUGUCCCUUGAGCUUUUGGAAGAGACAUCUAAGACCAAAGGGUUGCCUGCUGAGUACAUCACAGAUCUAGUUGAUGCUGCUGCAAACAGCUAUAUCCCUGAGACUGUAUGUACACGACUGGUACGUUCACUGACUCCUGCCACAGUGGUACCAGAACAGGCUGUUAUAAAUGCUAUUUCACACAUGUGUACCAACAAACCAUCAAUCAAGAUACAGACAUUUUUCCUGCGAUGGAUUUUGGUUGUGUACGACUACAUAGACAAGAAGGAGAAUCUACACAAGCUUUAUGGCAUAAUAUUCUACUUCCUGGAGAACCAAACCAUGAUGCCGUAUGUGUGUCAUUUGCUGUACCUAUUGACACAGAAAGAAGAUGUACGGUUGUUUCGUGUGCGCCGUCUCCUCAUGAUACAGAACAAGAUGGGAGCACAGCCAUACUUGACCGGACUUCUGGCGAUCUAUCAGCUCUACUACCCAAACAUGAUGUCUGUUGUGAUGCCCAAAAGGUCAAGGCUUUUCUUUCCAUCGCGAGACAAACAGUGGGAGAUGUUGAUAAGGAAAGUCCAGGAGAAUAAUGAACCGGUCCAUUGUGAAUCCAGUCUGGCACUGAGCCACCUCAAAUCUAUAGAGAACAGCAGACAGACACCUAGAUCCAAACGGCGGAGAACAGACCCAGUACCCACAAUCCACUCGGACACGUCUAGAGAAACUAAUGUACCAAAGGAGGAGAUCCUGACCGCAUUAGAACAGACCAAGGUGCCCUUUGUACAGAUCACAGACUUUAAAUGUAUUCUUGAAAACGUUGAGCGAAUUGAGUUUCCCAGCCAGAUUGGAUCAGUUCUACGGAGCCAGCUUGGCCAACACAUGAUGUCAUACACCCGCGACCAGAUGGCAACUACCCGAUUCUCCUACUGGUUACAAGCCACCCUGACUAAUGAAAUACUUGACAAUAGCUGGAAUGCUGUUGACACAGAGAUCACCAAAGCCUUACUGGUCAAACUGAUAGAUUUCACAGACUUCCUACAGGAAGGUAUCCCUGCAGUGGAUCAUUUCUUGUCACGGUUCCUGAGUACUUGGAAUGGUCUUGACUUUCGAUCAGAAAUCCUACAGCUCAUAGCUAGGUGUCGGAUCUGUACAUUUGGAGAAUUGAAUGAUAAUAUCCUUGAACCUUUAAGAAAGUUGUUCUGCUGUUCGUCUGUAUAUUUCAAGUGCCAAAUUGUUCAUUGUCUAACGUUGCUGGUGAGGAACUUCGCAGCCAAUGAAUGGCCUAGAUACAUGGAAUGGGUACAGAAAAAGCAAGAGCAUACCAAGUCUGGCAAGGAAGGGGAGCCAGUCUGUCACUUCACCCUGUUCCAGGAGGAUCGAGAGGAAUGUGAUCCCCAGACAACUAUUACAGACCUAAUAGAUUAUGUGGGUCAGCUGUGUAUCACCGGCCUUCGACUCGAGGCUAAUCACAAUCUUCUUCUCUUCUGUGCUAUCAACUUCUCUGAGGAGGUGUCGUGUCUGGAGACAAACUACCAUCUGCCGUUUGUCCAUCUCAGCCCUCUACUGUCCUCAAGUUUUCUGGUGCUGUUCACCUGUUUAAAUGGUGUAGGAAUAAACAGUUUCUGUUCCAUAUUAUGCAACUACAAGAGAGCAGUGACGUCAGUCAAGGAACGGCGGAUAGCUGGCGAGCUGUUUGAUACGGACACCAUUAGUUGUGUGCCCCAACUGAAUGCCCUAAUUCUGGACGCAGGAGAUGCCCUUUGGAAGGGAAACAUGUCCAAUUUGAACAGGAACAGCAAGUUUUUUGACUUCGACCCAAGAGAAAUUCACCCGUCACUGUCUUUGGUGGAGAACAGAUUCGUGUCAUACAUGCACCCUGGUCUGAUGGGUUUCGUCCUACGCUUUCUAACCCAGACUCAGUCAAAGGACAAUUUAGGUCACCCCAGGGGUAUCAAGCUUGUCAAGAGAGUCUACCUGGAGUUCCUGGCCAGGGAGAAUCUACAUGGACCAAAGGACUUUGUUACCACCUUCAUCACGCCUAAACGUGCGUCAAACACCUCCCAACAGCCAAGCAUGGUCCAAAGUGUCACCUUGGGUGUCAAGGCUACUGAUGGUGUAGUGGUCAGCUGAUCUGGACACCUUAAUAUAUCUUAAUUUACAGUAAUACCAGUAUUUAAGGAGAUAAAGAAUGUGAUUAGGUACGAGUUUGAAAAUUAAGUGUAAAGGUGUAAACAAAUUUUUGUAAGGACUCAAACCGUUUAUUUACCUCUUGCAGACAGUUUCAUCUAUUAAUUACAGUUUUAUUAUUUAAAAAAGUCUGCAUAAACAUAUUUGCUUGGUGUUAACAGGAGGUGAAAUUCUUCUUGUUAAUAAUGAUGUAAUAAAUUCAUGAAGCAUCAGUUUUUUUGAAAACAGCUUUUUUGGAGAAUUGUUGUUCCUUAAAUAGUUCAUAUCAGUUGAAACAUAAAUUGUUACCUUUGAUAUUUUAAAUGAAAGGAUCUUUGAUUUGUUUUUCUUUGAUUAUGGCAAAAAAAUCACUGUUUACAACAAAAUUGAGAAUUAAAUUAUUCCUUUAACUGAUAAUUGAGGUCAUUAAUUUUAUACCUCAGGUAAGCAGGACCCUUAUUUUGACAAACUUAUAAUGAAACAACUAUUACUUAAUCAUAAGACAAUAUAAGAAUUGAUGAUUCACAAAAUUACCAAAAAGUAAAAUCAUCUUUUUAAUACAAGAACACAGCAACAUUUAUAAACAUUUCCUGUGUAAGAUGUUGGUGGAUAUUUUGCUUGUUUUGAUUUGUCGUUAAUGUACAUGUAUAUCAUAUAGUUACAGUAUUCACUAUAAAGUAGACUGGUAAUUGAAUGUUAAAAUGUUUCACUAUGAUUGUGCAAUAUGUUACUGAUAAUAUGACGAAUAAAACAAUAUGUUAUUGAUA